GCGUCACGUGGCGGAAGCGGCGGCGCGCCUAAGAUGGCGGCGGCGUGAGUUGCAUGUUGUGGGGCCGCCGGGAGGAGCCGCCGCCGCUGCCGUUAUGGCGGUGACCGUGACGCUGAAGACGCUGCAGCAACAAACGUUCAAAAUCCGGAUGGAGCCGCACGAGACGGUGCGGGCUCUGAAGGAGAAGAUCGAGGCUGAGAAGGGCAGUGAGGCCUUCCCUGUGGCUGGGCAGAAGUUGAUCUACGCCGGGAAGAUCCUGAGCGACGACGUCCCCAUCCGCGAGUACCGCAUCGACGAGAAGAACUUCGUGGUUGUCAUGGUGACCAAGGCCAAGGCAGCCCUGGGCACUGCAGCCCCCGAGGCUGGAGCUGGAGGCCCCUCAGAGCCCCCCGCGGCACCGGCUGCGCCCCCUCCGGCCGCUGACCCUGCCCCCCCACCACCUGCUGCCCCCCCCAGUGAGGAGACACCGGCCCCGGACCUCCCCCCUCUCACCCUCUCGGAGCCUGCGGCAGGCUCUGUUCCCCCCCCCAGUAGUGCUGGGCGCUCGGCCGAUGCUGCCUCCACCCUCGUGACGGGGUCGGAGUACGAGACGAUGCUGACGGAGAUCAUGUCCAUGGGCUACGAGCGGGAGCGGGUGGUGGCCGCGCUCAGGGCCAGCUACAACAACCCCCACCGUGCUGUGGAGUAUCUGCUGACGGGCAUCCCUGGCAGCCCCGAGCCCGAGCGCCCCCCCGUGCAGGAGAGUCGCGCCCCGGAGCAGCCCCCGCCUGAAGGGGAGAACCCGCUGGAAUUCCUGCGGGAGCAGCCACAGUUCCAGAACAUGCGUCAGGUGAUCCAGCAGAACCCGGCCCUGCUGCCUGCCCUGCUCCAGCAGCUGGGCCAGGAGAACCCCCAGCUGCUCCAGCAAAUUUCCCAGCACCAGGAGCAGUUCAUCCAGAUGCUGAACGAGCCCCUGGGGGAGCUGGGUGACCUGGAGGGGGAGAUGGGCGCCAUCGGGGACGAGUCCCCCCAGAUGAACUACAUCCAGGUGACGCCUCAGGAAAAAGAAGCCAUAGAGAGGCUGAAGGCGCUGGGCUUCCCCGAGAGCCUGGUGAUCCAGGCCUACUUCGCCUGCGAGAAGAACGAGAACCUGGCAGCCAAUUUCCUGCUCAGCCAGAACUUUGAUGACGACUGAGGGGCCAGGCCAGGCACCCCCACCUACCUCCCCUGCUGUGGGGGGUGUCCUGGGGGCUGCGCUGCCCCCUUGGGGGGGGGGGUCCCGCUGCAGGGGGAGGAGGGGGGGGCGCAGCCCUGCACAACCCCCUGGGGCGGUGGCGCUGCCUUCCGGGGAGGGGCGGGAGCAGGACCCUUGUUGGGCUCCAGCCCUGCCCUGCCCUGCGAGCAGCAGCGAUUGGUGGAGCCCCCAGAGCCUCUCCCCAACUGGGGGGGGGUCUCAGCAACCCGCUUUCUUCUUCCCCCCUUCCCCCCCUCCCUUCCCCAUCCGGCCCUGGGGGGGUGGGGGCAGUGGGAAGAACCACAACCGGGGAGGGGGAAAAGAUUAAAUGCAGAAUUUUAAACCCA